AUGCUAACCUAUGCAAUCAAUGACAAGUCUCCAAGAAGUUGCAGUAGAGCACGGGAUAUUUCACGAAAGCAUCUUCAACUCCAGCAAGAGACGGCCAAGCAGAAGCUAUUGACAAGCAAAAAAAUUGUCUCAGUUGUUCCGUCUCACCAAGAGCACCGAGGAUGCAACAUAAACAAAAACCGCGUGGAAGACCGAGUAGAGGGCACAUACGAGUGGUUCCUCGGACACAACAACUUCCGGAAAUGGUUAAAACAAGAAGAGUCGGGGCCGGUGCUGGUCUCAGCGGACCCAGGGUGUGGAAAAUCGGUCUUGACCAAGUACCUGAUUGACCGACCAGAACACCGUGCGCCAAGCACUUUGUGCACUUCUUCGCCAGCUGUUCUCCCAGAAGCCUUCACUGCGAUAAAACCAUGCGACGAAAACGGGCCAGGUCUUAUCAACUCAACUAACCCUCUCUCUCUGUGGACUAUCCUAGGAGAUGCUGUGCGGGAUCCCGAGGCCGGACCUGUUAUCAUUGUACUGGAUGCCCUGGACGAAUGCGAUGCGUCAGAGUUAGCGGACUUGGUGCGGAAUGUGUCAGGCCAAUUCCGCAGCAGUCAGUUAGGCUAUGGAAAGUUGAAAUAUAUUCUAACGAGUCGCCCGUAUGAGCAGAUCGAGUCCAAGUUCCAGGCCCUGUCGGACUGUUUUCCGCAAAUCCGUAUACCAGGGGGGAAAAGUCGGAAAAAAUUAGUGAAAAGGUGGAUCUCGUCAUCAAAUACCGAGUCAAACGGUUGUCAAGGGAGAAAGUGCUAUCAGCCCAAAUAA